GGGGCGGUCCCGCUUCUCUCCGCCCGCGCCGCCGCCGCCCACAGCCCCAGCCCGGCCGCCGAGGUAGCGGGGAGCUCGCCUGCUUGCGCCGCCAUGGGGGUGGAAGGCUGCACCAAGUGCAUCAAAUACCUCCUCUUCGUCUUCAACUUCAUUUUCUGGCUGGCUGGAGGCAUCAUCCUGGGAGUGGCCCUGUGGCUCCGUCAUGACUCGCAGACAACGAAUAUCCUCUACCUGCAGCUGGGGGACAAGCAGGCCCCCAACACCUUCUACGUUGGAAUCUACAUCCUGAUUGCAGUUGGAGCUGUCAUGAUGUUCGUGGGGUUCCUGGGAUGCUAUGGCGCUAUUCAGGAGUCUCAGUGCCUUCUGGGAACGUUCUUCACUUGCUUGGUGAUCCUGUUUGCCUGCGAAGUUGCAGCUGGAAUUUGGGGAUUUGUCAACAAAGACCAAAUUGCCAAAGAUGUGAAGCAGUUCUAUGAUCAAGCAUUUCAACAAGCGCUUAUGGCAGAAUCGGAGACAAACAACGGGAAAGCUGUUGUGAAGACCUUUCAUGAAACGCUGGACUGCUGUGGUCCUGAUAAUGCAAUAGGAACUUUCACUCCCCUCUGGAGAGAUGACCUCUGCCCAAAGAAGGACUCCCUCCUGAAAAACAUUGUAGAGUUCUCAAACUGCCACAAAAAAAUUGACGAGCUGUUCUCCGGGAAGCUGUACCUGAUCGGCAUCGCUGCCAUCGUGGUUGCUGUGAUCAUGAUCUUUGAAAUGAUCCUGAGCAUGGUGCUGUGCUGUGGCAUAAGGAACAGCUCUGUCUACUGAGCCGUGAGAGCUGGGAAGGGGAAGGGAGGAGCAGGGUGGACGGCUCUGGAGGGAACCCCAAGUGCCACCAAGUGACCAGGAGACAUUUCAACAAAAGACAAAGAAAACUGUGUAUAUAAAUACUUCCAAUAUUACCAUACAGUACUUAUCAUUUUUAUUUUGAAGUACUUUUUUUUAACAAAUAAAACUUUCCUGUACCCUUGUGGCUGAGUUAGUUACACAUCAGUUUUGUGUGAUGGGGAAAGUUGCUGUAGCAGGAGAUUGAGCCCUUCCUCCCCCUUCCCCACCCCUUGUAACUCAGAAAUAAUGGUGGAAGAUGUACAGAGGAGAAGGCUGCAGCCUGUUAUCAGAAAACUUUGCCUUGUUUCUUGCUCUCUUUUUCAUCACAGGCUUUUUUUUUUAAUAGACAUAAUUGGGUGCUGAAGCAGGAUUUAGCUUUUUUGUUCAUUUGUACUCAUCUUUUUUCCUACCAUCAACCCAGCUCCCUGAUGUUUCCAGGCUGUCCAUUGGGAAGCCUGGCUGACUGUCCAAAGCUGGGGAAGGAGGAGAGGAAACAGCCCUAGUCGCCUGGGUAUGAUAUGUCCCAGGGGAAACGCUGGCACAAUUUUCCUCUCCGACCUGUUUGCAUCACUAGAUCAAUCCUUAACAGAAGUCAUGCUUUAUUUUUUUUUUUACUCUCUGAAGAGUUCUGGCAUUUUCGUUUUGUGGUUUCUUUGUUGGGACUGUAACUUUCUAAAGUGGCUCAUUCCCAUUGAUUUGCUGCAUUAAAGCGUCAGUGGCUGGGGGUGAAUUUUAGUCCCAGUUUGUCGAGUAUAGCAAAGUGAAAAUUAAGUCACUUCUUAAACCUCCUUCAAUGUUUCUUUAUAGACAUCUACUUUUGGGAGAGUUUACUUCUGUACUAAUAAGUUUCCACUGUUAAGCUAAUGCUUGCAUACAAAUGAUAUUGCAAAAAAGAAUCAUAGACUCAUAGAAAACUUUAAAAAAAAAAAAAGAAGUUCUUAACUUUAGAAACCCUGCAUUUAUGUGUUGCAGGAUGAUGCUUGGGGCUUCCCAACCAUAUGCAUACAUGUUUAAAAUUUCAUCUUUGCAUCACAGUUUUGUUUAAUGAAAUUUUCCUGACUUAUAACAUAUUGUCACACACUGUAACAUUGCUGGGAAAUUGUCACAACCUGAUUUUUUUUUUGGGGGGGGAAAAAAAGUUCAUUUUUAAGACCUUCCACUUCCAGUUACAUCAAUGGCAGGAGAUCAUCUUAUCAGAGGAAGGGCAUUCAGGAUUUUAGAUCACAUGGGUUGAAACACUUUCUUGUGACCUGAUAAGCUUUGAUUGCCAGUUUGAUGUAUGUUGCUUCUGUUGUUGUAUGCCACUCAGUUACCGUGUACAUAGAAGGGGAGAGUGACCCAGGAGCUAUGUGAUAAAAUCAGAGUAUCUCUAAAAAGAUUGAUCUAUAUGUAUAGUUCUAUGGAUAUAUAUUUUUAAGCAAAGCCUUUUUCCUUAGCCAUAUGGGUACUUGAGAUGGAAAUGAUUGUGUAUCUCAGCUUUUUGCCCCUUUGAAGCAGGUAAGGGGAGGAGUUGAACCUAGUGAUUACCUUCCCUAAUUCAGGAAUAAUUCAGUUUCUUCAAGUAUUUUGCUCUCCCCCUUUGUUGCAAUGAAGAACUCCAGACUGGAUAGGAAGGGAGACCCAUGAUUGUUUUAAACUCAUACCUUGUCCACUGCGUGUGGUUGCUGUGGUCUUUGCCACCAUGGGAUAAGAAAUUCCUGCACUGGGGCAAAUUGAUCUGUUUGGACCCUUUUCACCUCUUCCACUCCCCCCUUUUUUCAUCCUGCCUUUUAGUAUAUAGGACCUUUAAAAAGUAUAUAGUUAAAUAUAUAUAUAUAUAUAUCUCACAUUGUGCUGGGUAAGAGGAGGAUGUGCUUCAACAGAACUUUGGAUCAAAGGGUUGGACAAGAAAAGAUUCAGCCUUAGAAACAGCCUUAAAGCAACACUGCCCUGAAUGUCCACAUUGUGCAUGUCAAGAAUGAGAUGAGGUUUUGCAGUAGGCAACCCCUUCCCCUGCUCCCCAGCGUAGCUCCUUCAGGUCAUCUACUUUGUUAUGUGGCUAUAUGUAUAUGCAUCAACCAAGCACGUGUGUUUACAUAUAUGUGCAUCGGGAUUGUUAGCAUACAGAAUGGAUGUGUAACUUGCCGCCUUUUUUGUUGACUGUUGAUAAAUGUGUAUAAAUAUGCCAUUAAGCAUUUCAAUUCUGUUUUCUUAUACUUUUUUUUUAUAUUGUUCAGUAUUCAGUUGAUGCUGUGUAAGUAGCUGGAGCUCUGUUUGAGGAUGGACUGGGUCUCAAUGCAGUUCAGGUGUGUCCUUGGACAUAGUGGCUUUGGGGGUCUGGGUUUCCCCAUGCAGGACCUGUUGGGAGAAAGUGGUGCUUGGAGAGGGAGUCUGACAGCUGUGGGAGGAAGAAGAGCAGGAUGUUUGCUCUGACCACAUCACACAUGGGCUGCCAUUUACUCUCUGGCUCGUUUCAGAGGUGGCUUGUCACAGGGGAGCUCCAGCAGCAGCUCCAUGGACCACCUCCUGUCCCUGCAGCUGCUGCAGGAAAGGUGCUGUAGAGGAGGGGAGCAACCAGGAACUGAGGAGGUCAUGGGAGGGGGCAGGAGGAAUUCUGCGGGGAGAGGGUAAUGCUUUCUUUAGAGUUACUAGCUGAGAGUCCCCAAGUUGGUUGGCAUGGUCAUCAGCUGUAGCAGGAGUUGUCAGCACUGGGAGAAAAGGGACGGAGAGGAAUUGUCACGCUAAAGAACGAAGAAGUAGCUGAGAAACCCUCACAGAAAAAAACACCCACUCCACAUGUCCUCUAGUCUGGCCUUCUGUGAAGCUAGACCUGUGUGUGAUAAACCAGAGAGGGAGCUGUGAAAGGCUGAGGAGACUCAUCCUGUUGCAAGCACUCAGGAUCCAAAAGUGACAGGGCUGUUCUGCCAGUUGGUCAGUUCCAAAGCUAGCUGAGGUGAAGGAGAAAAAAACACUAGGAAGGACCCCUCAGACGCUCCCCUGUGUACCUGUGCAUUUCUAUGUGCAGUGUGCGCCAUCCUGCUCCACUCUGCACCCUCAAAAAACAAAGGAUGAAAUUGUGGACUGUAAAUACAAAUCUCUCCCUUUCCAGGGAAGCAUCCUCCUGGAGCCAGUGACAGCUGAGAAAAUGGCUGUAAGCUGAGGUAGCGGGGAGGAGAGAGGCUGGUGGGGAAGAGGGAAGUCAACUGUUCAGGUCUAACUUCAAAGACCACAUUGAAAGGUCAAACAGAGCUGCUGACAGCUUAACUGAAUGCUUGGGAUUUUUUCAUACUGUGGAGCAUGCCACAAAUCAGUGUGUUUAACUUCUUUCUGCCUCUUUUGUUUUUUUUUAAAGAAAUGAAACAGAAAUCAGUUUAAUAAACAUUUCUCAUAGUGUGCGUAGUGUGAUGAACCACUGCAGUUUUACAACCAGUUAACCUUAACACCAGGAUGCUUUGUGAACCAGGCUUCAACAGCAUGGGGUUUUCCAGCCUCUGAGAGGGGGGCCUGCAGGCAGGCUGGGGACGCAUCCAGAGCGGUGCUUAGGGAAGGCAAAAAGGUAGCUCGCUGGCAACUGUGGUUGCUGCAGUUGUUUCUCUCCUCAAGUGAAGGGGGGCACAGCUGUGGGAGAGCUAAUGUUAAUUGCAAAACUGGGUGACUGCUGAAAUUCGGGGGGCUGCACUGGCAGUACUGUGCAUACUCAAGGGUUUUCUCCUAAACUGUUUGAAAAUGGCCCAAAAUGCCCUCUGUUGCCAUUUGAUCAGGGGCUGGUCUGAUUUGUGUGGAUGGUCUGGUAACACCACCGUUGCUGCCACUGCCUGCCCCUCCACACCAUCAGGGGAAGAGCCCUGCUGGAGGAGGCCAAGCGCUGUGAUCCCACAACUGCCUGCCUUUCUCUGCCCUUUCUUGGAAUUCUGGCUGCAUUUCAAGCAGGAAUGUCCCAUGAUGGCUGCCAGCCGUGUCCUAUGCUGGUACAGACGGAAUGCCAGGUGAGGGAGAGCGAUACUCAUCUGCUGCAAAGAAAGGCCAGCCCUGUUUCCAGUGGCUGUGUCCAUGCUACAAGAUCAUGCCCAUCUGUUGUUCUUUCACUUGUUUACCUGAAUGUUAAUGAAGUUGAACAUAAUGACUUCUGGAAAGUAAAAAAAGUACUAUUUAAAAACAAUAAAAAAAGAAACAAAGCAAAA